UGUCUCUCACACACACGCGGAUACACUCUCACUCCCUCACACACAUGUUCUUGCACUCUCUCCCUCUCCUCUGUGUCUCCUCAUUGGACCGAAGGCUGCACAGGAGGUAAUUUCAGCCACUUAAUUUAUAAGUCAUCGCUGGUUGUUGGAACAAGCUAAUUAAAAGAAGGGUGAGUGUGUGAGUGUGUGUGUGAGUGUGUGUGUGUGAGAGUGAGUGUGUGUGUAUGUGUGGAAGAUUUGGAGACAGAGACGCCGCUGCUGCUGCUGCUGCUACCGCCGUCUCUUCGUCUACUCUCUCACGCUUCACUGUGGACCAGGAGGCAGCAGGGGAGAGGAGAAGAGAAGAGAAGAGAAGAGAGGAGAGACGGACAGCUGGGUGGAAGGAGAUUUUCACACCACUUUGCCAUCAUCUGAUCUGACAUGGCCACCGCAUAGGAAUCUGGUGCCACGGCAACCGGCAGCUCGGCGACGAGGAUAAGGAGACAGAGAGCUGGACAGAGGGACGUUCAGAGAAACAGAAAGAGGGAUGGCAGUGGAGGAGAAGCCGGGUGUGAAGAGCAGCAGCUCCAUCGUCCCCUGCUUCCUGUUUGUGGAGCUGGUGAUCAUGGCUGGGACGGUGCUGCUGGCUUACUACUUCGAGUACACAGACACCUUCCCCGUGCACGUCCAGGGUUUCUUCUGCUACGACAAAACCUUCUCUAAGCCCUACCCGGGUCCUGAUGACACCAGCAAGAUCCCCCCGGUGCUCAUCUACUCGCUCGUCACAGCCAUCCCCACGCUCACGAUUCUUGUUGGAGAGCUGUGUGCCUUCUUCACCAAGGCAGAAGGAACCCAGGAGAAGACUAUUGUCACUGCAGACUGCUGCUACUUCAACCCCCUGCUGAGACGCAUAAUACGCUUCCUAGGUGUCUAUGCCUUCGGCCUGUUCACCACCACCAUCUUCGCCAACGCCGGCCAGGUAGUGACAGGAAACCAGACGCCUCACUUCCUGUCUGCCUGCCGACCAAACUACACCGCGUUAGGCUGCCAGUCCACCAUGCAGUACAUCACAGAGCGCCGCGCCUGCACGGGCAACCCGCUGAUCGUCAUGUCUGCACGCAAAUCCUUCCCGUCCAAGGACGCGGCGCUCAGCGUCUACUCUGCAGUGUACACAGUGAUGUACGUGACACUGGUGUUCAAGACCAAAGGCACGCGGCUGACCAAGCCCACCAUCAGCCUCACCCUGCUCUGUCUGGCCAUGCUGGUGGGCGUGGUCCGGGUGGCUGAGUACCGCAACCACUGGGCCGACGUUCUCGCUGGAUUUUUCACGGGGGGAGCCAUAGCUGUGUUUUUGGUGACUUGUGUGAUUAACAACUUCCAGCAGUUGCAGCCCAGUCUUCCUCCACCGCGAUCCCAACGCCCAGAGUCCAUGCUGGGCAUGCCCAUGGUGACGCUUCCCUGUGUGGAGAGUCCACUCGAAAAGUUAAGUGGUCCUCAGCAUCCCGCACUCACCUCCCCCUCCCCACUUUACAACACCUACGUCCAACCAUUCUGAACAACUUUAAAAACCCCUCUCUGCCCGUCAUCGUCACUCCUCACUACCUCCGUCAUCCGUUGCCUUAUUUCUGUUUUUGCUCUGUUACAUCUGUUUCCUCCUCCUCUUCCUUCUCCUCCUCUUCCUCGCCCCCCUCCCCCCUCAUCCCCGUGCAUUGCUCUUGAUUAUUCUUUUCUUCACUUUUUCUCUUUUCCUUCGCCUUCUCUCUGCCCCGUCCUCUCUCUUUCUCACUCCUCUCUUUCCCCUGCAGACUCCGCGGGGAUCUCCGUUCACCGAGAUCACAUGACCAUCAGCCCUAUCGGUUCCCCGCCACCCCCGAUGUCCUCAUACCGUCUCGCUCCAUUUCCAGCGAAGUCUAGACCAGUCGGAGCAGCACUCGCCGCACUGUGCCGCCCAUCCGGCUGGGCGGUACGCAACGCUGCACCGCUCCUAUUCCACGCAGGUCUAGACCUCUCCUAACACACAAAAUACAACACACACACACACACACACCUACUUUCCUGUUGCCGUCUCAAACCCUGGGGAACCGAUAGGCAAACUCUUCAAAGACUUUCUCUUUGCUGGACUCCCAGUGAAGUAAAACGCUGAACAUUCAGUACAGAGUCAGGUACAUUUUUUUCUUUUUUUUCCAUUUUGAAUAUUUCAAUUGAAGACUUUUUUUUGUAUAAACGAUCAUGUGAAGCUCACUUUCAUCUUCAGUGGUGUGCUCUAUGAGGAGAAACACGUCAAACUGUGACCACUGAGAAUGUCCACCAGUUUUUUGGGGGGGGGUUUUUCUCCCCCUACAACUGUAUGAAUGAGUUUUCAUCCAUUUUGAAGGAGGCACAUGUUGAAAGUUGAAAGUUAAAACGUGACGGCGAACUUCCUGUCCGACCCCCUGGACACGGCCUCUGAUGUGUGCUGCCGGGAGGUCGCCAUGUUGGACCAAAGAAACCCGCUGAAGGAUAUGUGUGCUGCUGAGAUUUACCCAUAAAAACAUCCUUUUAGCAAGCCAUACACACACACACACACACACACACACACACACACACACACACACACACACACACACACACACACACACCACACUCACUCUACUUCUCCCCAAUGUCUCCAUCCCUCACCCUUCCUCCUUAUCUCGUCCCAUUCACUCACUCACACACACAAACACACACACACACUCACACACACACACACACACACACACACACACUGUAGUCUGAGUAGCAGUGCCCCAGUCAGCUCUGCAUGAGGUUUACUCAGAUCAAAGGAUUCAUUUCAUAUCUCUCAGCAGAAGCACCAGACAAAAGCAAACAGGAUGAAAGUGCAGACAUCUUCACUUGGCUAUCGUCUUCAUGUUUUUUUUUUUUUCCUCUCAGAUGGUUGCAGCGUCGCCAAAACCUGAUGAGAAAUACAAACACAUUUGAUAAGACAAAGCCAAGGUCCCAACUGCAGGUGGCACAACAGUGAGCCAAAUAAAGUGCAUCACAUCCAGGAGCAAAUAUUUGUUUCUUGUAUUCCUUUGAGACGAAGAGAUUUCAUACAAAACACUUUCUGUGACGCCGACAGACUUAUUUUUAUUUUUUUUGGGGUUGUUUUAUUUCGCUCUGGAACGGCGUCACUCACCCUGAACUGGAAUUUCUUUUCUCACCGAAUCUGGAAAAGGUUUACUAUAAUUAUGUAAUUAUUGUGAUUAAUUUCUGAGAUUUUAUUCAUAGAUUUAUCUAUCGACAUGUACAUACGAUGUGGUCGCCAUAAGCGCUACACGUGGCGUGACAGUUUUGCUGAUUUUGAUUUGCACACUCCCUCCAGUCCAUGUUUAUUUUUUAAAUCUUUUUUUAUUACUCACCCUUCCUCCUUCUUCGUCUCCAAACAUCUUUUUACAACUUCUGUUUCACUCUCUUUCUCUCUCUGUGUGGCGUUGGUAUCUUGACUAUCACUGUGCUGUGAAAUGUUUCCCUCUGCUGGACCACACACACACACACACACACACACACACACACACACACGCACGUACACACACAACAAGAGUAAAGACCUGUUUUAAAGAGCACACAUAGUUAAACAUAUUCCAAAGCACACACCUGCACAAUCACACUUGCGUCCCCCUGACCUAGUUGUUACUGUACAUCCCUCCCCCUCCACUUUCUAUCAAUGAAACUUGUUUGUAUGAUACUGUACAUAGCUCUUUUUUGUAUUGAGAGUGUGAUUUUUACACAAGCAUCACCAACACUCAAGUGUAAAGACUACUGGGGAAAAUCUUGCAUUUAUUAUGAUGACAGAGAACAGUGUGUAUGAAGGUACUGAACCGCUCUGAACCGACACUGGAUCAGCUGGAAAACGUCCACAUGACUCGCUCUUUGUAUCGGACUCCUGUACUUGCUCGCUGGACCAAGCUUAAACUGGGAGAGCUGUUUACACCCAGUUCAGAUACCGUGUGUUCAAAACUUCAUGAGCUUGAAAAGCGCUUUCUGUCUUGAAUUUUCAUAUUAGCAUAAAUGGUGGACGUGGAUACUAUUUUCCCUUUUUUUUUGUUUUUGUCAUCAAAUCUACAGACGUGUGUGGUCAUAUGUCGGGUCAGAGUCAAGUGUAGAAGUCAACAAAGCUAGCACGAGGCACGCUAACUAAUCACAGCAUAGAUGUUAAAGCAGCAUUAUUUACAUAUUAACACUUUAUCAACGGGUUUAUUUUAACACGUUAGCUAAAAGUUGUCUUUUCUGACACUCGGCAGCCACAGAGCAACACGAGGUUUCAUUUGUGUUAAUCAUGCAGAGGAAUGUAGUCACUCUUGUGUUACACCUGUUGCACCUUAGAUCUGACACCUGCGUGCUUUGUUUGGAAAUAUAUCUAGAAAGAUGAUUUUCUUUGCAAUAUAGUCUACUGUAUGCGCGACUGUUAGCUAACACAUUAACCAUAGCUGUCAAAGGCUAAUGUGUUAGCUAACAGCCACGCAUACAGUAGACUAUCUUACAAAGAAAUCAUCUUUGUUGUGUUUGCGUCGGAGUAAGGUAAUGACAUCAUGUCAUUGUCGUGUUUUUACAGUGACCACAACUAAAUCGUUUCAUGCUGCUGUAACAUCCAUGUUGUAUUUUUGUUAGCUUGUCCAAUGUUAGCUACGCUGACUUCAACAUUUGGCUGUGUGAGCUAACGUAAGACCGUGAGCGUGUCUGUAGUUUUCACAACAAGAAAAACUAACUUAGGUUUACGUCCACUCUUGGAAAACACAAGAUAAAAAAGUAUCACCUUUUGGGACUAUGGUGGCUCUGUAGAAAUCUAUAAACCAGGAAGCUGGUAACUUUUUUAAUAUAACUUCUUCUUCUAAGCGACAGCCAUGUGGCCAUACUGUCCUGUGUGUGCAGGAUAGCCAUCAACUAUGUGCUGUAUUACCCUGACGUUUUAUCCAGUGGAUGCUAAGCUCUGUUAUCUUAUGUGAGAAAGAAGACGUAGAGAUUUACUGAGCUUCUUGUACUUGUGAGAAGUUUGAUUUCACUGUUUGAUGGGGGAAAAAAUGAUAAUCUGGUGGCCCAGAGAGCCAGGGCAGACAUACUGUACCACUUACCUACAAAGUUGUGAAUUUGACUCUGACACAUGACCUUUGCUGCAUGAGAUCUCUUUGUUCCCUCAUUGCUUUGUAGUCUUUAAUGUCCCAGCGAAGCAGAAAUGCCUUGAAAUAAAUCUUAAUGGAAAAAAUGUGAUAAAAGCUCCUUCAAUACAGUGACAGUCUGAAAUCCUAAGUGCAAGUGCAAGUGCAAGUUUCUCAUUUGUGCAAAAUCUCAGUAACUCUUCACCAAUGCGCUCAGUCAGCAUCUGAAUCAGUGUUCACUGUGUGAGCGCUGCUGUAGUACAAGAAAUUCAUGAAUGGGAUACAUACAAACACCAACAGCAAAAACAGCCUCCAGAAAGAGCCAGACUUUCCUCAGAUCAGAGUACGCUCUCCUCUGGUUCUACUGUCAACACCAUAGCUUUACUUUCCUGUAAAGUCUAGUAACUCAUGUUUUAAAAUCAAAGAACAAACACGCCGCAGUUGACUGACAUGUCAAUAAAAAGCACCGAUCUCCUUCAGAUCUGCAACUCUGAAAGAGAGAGAGAGAACACAUUUCCUUUGAUCCUGUUGCAGCAAACCCUCUGUUUUGUAAAGAUUAGUGUGAUGAGAACAAUAAAUGGAUAUUGCAAUAAGAAAA